UCUGAUGAAAUGAAGCGUAGGAAAUAAGUGAAAAGUGGACCGGUCUAGCCGGUCGGAUCAGAAACUCAAUUACCGGACAUCCAGCUGAAAUGAUAUUUUUAUUUAUUUAUUUUUGGUGACAACCAAUGAAAUGAUCGGAAGCGAUCCGAAACUUCCUAAACAUCCGAUUCUUCGAUUCUCCGUCCUCGUCCCAUCGCUCUUCUGCGGCCCUUGUCAUCAUCCUUGUAGUAAAUACUUUGAUGGCCGGGUUGUUUAACACGCGAGUCAGCCCCAUCCACCCAUCCUACUAUCCAAGGCUGUCUCUUCCUAAAGUUAUCUUUUCACCUUCAAUUUCUUCAAGGUUGCCGGAAGUCUCACUUGGGCUUGCUUGCAGUACUAUGACACCCUUAAGACCUCUCACUUUGAUGGCAGCCUCAUUGGAACCUGCCAAGACUAUAUCUGGCACCCAGUUUGAAAACACCCAACCUUCGAAAGAGGUGCUUGAGAUCUGGUGCAAUGCUGAUGCAGUGUGCUUUGAUGUGGAUAGUACUGUAUGCCUGGAUGAGGGUAUCGAUGAACUUGCUGAUUUCUGUGGUGCUGGGAGAGCUGUUGCAGAGUGGACAACUAAGGCAAUGAGUGGAUCAGUUCCAUUUGAGGCAGCUCUAGCGGCUAGACUUUCUUUAAUUAAACCUUCACUGUCCCAAGUUCAAGAUUGUCUAGAGAAGAGGGCACCAAGGAUUUCUCCUGGCAUUUCUGACUUAAUCAAAAAACUGAAGGCUGAAAACACUGAUGUGUACCUGAUAUCUGGAGGCUUUCGCCAAAUGAUCAAUCCUGUUGCUGUGCAGCUUGGAAUCUCUCCUGAAAACAUCUUCGCAAAUCAAUUGCUCUUUGGGAGCUCGGGAGAGUUCCUAGGGUUUGACACUACAGAGCCUACUUCUAGGAGUGGUGGGAAAGCUACAGCAGUGCAACAGAUAAGAAAGGCUCACGGUUACAAGAAAUUAGUCAUGAUUGGAGAUGGGGCAACUGACCUUGAGGAUGGGUUGAAGUGCAAGUUCAUGGAGUCAUUUUUCAACAGAAAACUUAGAUGAGAGGCUCGGAAACCAGGAGGGGCUGACCUAUUUAUCUGUUAUGCGGGGAUCCAGAUGCGAGAAGCAGUUGCAGCAAAGGCAGAUUGGCUGGUCUUUAGUUUCCAAGAACUAUUAACCUCUUUGUCAUAGUUCAAGUUCUUUCAUAGUUGUUCAUUCUCCUCUAAUUUCUUAUAUUUCAUUGUCUGUUUUACAAAUGCCAAAUAUGUAUUUUAUUUUUGAAACAUUGGCCAUUUGAUGCAUCAUGAGGAAAAUAAAAUAACAGAAGUUCCUAUAC